CUGAUUGUCGUAUUUUAAUCAGAAAUUAAUAAAUUGUUGUGUCGUUGUAAUAAAAACCAUUAUUAUAAUGUCUACCCCGUCUAAAAGGCCAUCUUCACGUGCAUCUUCCGAAGCGCCUACACCGUCCCGGCGAACAAGAUCUUCUCAGCAACUCAUUGUACCUGAAACUCCACAACGUUCCUCUGGUACACCAUCAAAAGAUGGAACACCAGGUUCUCCUAGAAGAACCCCGCGUACCCCCAGCCAUCAGGCACCGGGUACUUCUCCUGCACGGGCUCUCGCUUCAAGCCCUAUUGGAACUGACAUAGACAUGAGCUCACCUUUGAACUAUGGAACACCAAGUUCCUUGAGUACCCCUCGAUCUCUCAUGAGAGGAGCAAUGACACCAGCCAGACAGAGAGCUGAUUUAAGAGGUCAUCAGUUGGGUCCAAAUGUACCUGCUCCCACACCUACUAGACGAGCUGAAGCAGGGGAGCCAGAAACAGCAUCAAGUGAACCACAAUUAGUGGUGUGGGGAACUGAUGUAGCUAUUGCAGAGUGCCGGGAGAAAUUCAUUAAGUUCCUACAGAGAUUUGUUGAGCCCACUGCACUUACUAAUGAACCAUUGUAUGAAUUAAAGCUAGAAGAGAUACAUACUCUUGAAGAGCCAUUCUUAGAUGUAGAUUGUGAACAUGUUAAAAUUUUUGAUCCCAAACUUCACAGACAAUUUGUUUGUUAUCCACAAGAGGUUAUUCCAGCAUUUGAUGCAGCAGUUAAUGAGCUAUUUUUUGAGAAGUAUCCAGCUGCUGUUUUAGAACAUCAGAUUCAAGUGCGACCCUAUAAUGCACCACAGAGGCACAUGAGAGAUUUGAACCCUGAAGAUAUUGACCAACUUGUUACAUUAUCUGGUAUGGUGAUCAGAACUUCAACAAUAGUACCUGAGAUGCGAGAAGCCUACUUCAAGUGUGCAGUGUGCGGGAGUGCAGCUGUUGCUGAAUUGGAGAGAGGCCGAGUGCCAGAGCCAGCUCACUGCUCCCACUGCAAUACAGCACAUAGCUUCCAGUUAAUACAUAACCGCUCACAUUUCAGUGAUAAACAAUUAGUUAAACUACAAGAAGCCCCUGACGACAUGCCGGCCGGCCGCACGCCCGCUACGGUGAGCGUGAUGGCGCACGGCGCGCUGGUGGAGGGCGUGGGCGCGGGCGAGCGCGUGGCCGUGACGGGCGUGUUCCGCGCCGCGCCCGCCUCCGUCAACCCGCGCCGCGCCACGCUGCGCGCGCUGCACCGCACGCACGUGGACGCGCUGCACUACCGCAAGACGCACGCCGACCGCCUGCACGACAUGGAGGACGGGAAAGAGCACCAGUUCCCGCCAGAACGCGUUGAAUUAUUCAAGACCUUGGCGUCGCAACCAGACUGCUACGAGAGACUUGCUAGGGCUAUCGCGCCGUCUAUUUAUGAAAACUUAGACAUUAAGAAAGGAGUUCUAUUACAACUUCUAGGUGGCACCAAGAAGAAUUUUAAUGCCGCUGGUCGGACACAUUUCAGAUCGGAAAUCAACAUCCUUCUCUGCGGGGACCCGGGCACCAGUAAGUCCCAACUGCUACGCUGGGUGCAUUCUCUGGUGCCUAGAGCACAAUACACCUCGGGGAGAGGCUCCUCAGCGGUGGGUCUCACGGCGUAUGUCACUAAGGAUCCGGAUACGAGGCAACUCAUUUUGCAGACAGGUGCAUUAGUGCUGGCUGAUAAUGGAAUAUGCUGUAUUGAUGAAUUUGAUAAAAUGAACGAUUCCACGCGAAGUGUCCUUCAUGAGGUUAUGGAGCAGCAAACACUAUCCAUAGCCAAGGCCGGUAUAAUCUGUCAGCUGAACGCCAGGACGUCGAUUUUAGCAGCUGCAAACCCUGCUGAGUCACAGUGGAAUAAGAACAAAACUAUUGUAGAGAAUGUGCAACUACCGCACACAUUAAUGUCAAGGUUCGAUCUAAUCUUCUUAGUGCUAGACCCGCAAGACGAAGUGUUUGACAGACGCCUGGCGUCGCAUCUAGUAUCACUCUACUACAAGGACCCAGCGGAAGUACAAGAGGACGACGAGGAUGUUGUUGGCAUGAGUCUUAUGAGGGACUACAUAGCGUUCUCAAAGGAAAACGUGCAGCCCGUACUGAGCGAGGCCGCGCAACAGAGGCUAAUCGAUGCCUACGUAGAUAUGAGGCGCGUGGGAAGUGGGCGUGGUCAAAUUUCUGCGUACCCACGACAAUUGGAAUCUCUCAUUCGACUGGCUGAAGCGCACGCACGAGUUAGACUAUCUGGUACUGUUGAAGUGUCUGAUGUUGAUGAGGCAGCACGUCUCCACCGCGAAGCCCUAAAGCAGUCGGCGACCGACCCGGCGUCGGGACGCAUCGACGUGGGCAUCCUCACCACGGGGCUGGGCGCCGCGGCCCGGCGCCGCAAGGCCGACCUCGUAGCUGCGCUGCGCACCAUCAUACAACCGCACGCCAAACCCCACACCACCACCCACGCCAAGUUGCUGCAGGAAGUUAAUAGCAGUUCGCAGAUUACGGUGACUCGAGAGCAACUCGACGAAGCGUUACGAGAUUUGCAAGAUGAAGGCAAAGUAGUUGUAGUUAGCCACACUCAUGUAAGAUUGUGUUAAUUUUUUUUUUUUUUUAAAUAAUGGUAGGUUUGAUUUUGUGUAAUGUGUCGACUAAAUAUCUGUUUUGACUUUAUUAAGUUUGAAUGAAUGUUGUGUUAUCAGCUAUUAUAAUUUGGAAUUGUUGAAAGAAAUGUCAUUUGUUAAUAAAACCGAAUAUUCUUCUUUGUCUGUUAGAAAAGUAAAACGAUGAUGAAGUAUCCGAAAAUUGAGUAAAUAUAUAUGUUGAGGUGUGCUCAGUAUAAGAAAACCGCCAUGUAAUAUAACUGUGAUUUUUUAAAUAAAUACUUUCUUCUAA